AAGGGGAGGGACUCCGACGACAAGUCUGGGGCGCUGCUGGGCUGCUUACGAGGCUGCGCCAGUGCGCCGUUUUAAUCCUAAACACUCGAUUCCGUGCGCGUUGCGUUAAGUAGAGCGAGGCUCACGCAAUUAUAGAGCCGCGGCGUUUAAAGGUUUUAUUCUCGCAUUUACUACUGCGCGUUUGGAAGCCCGGCUCUACCCGGCCCGGCCCGGCCUGCAUGUGCACCGCGAGAGCCUGUAGCGCAGGCUAAUGGCAGCCGGGCUCACUGCUGCCACACACGCCCGUCAAGUUGUCCGUGAACUUUGUCACACAUCGGCGCCAUGUCCAGCCUCCUCCUGCGGCCGCGGCUGCUGAGACUCGGCGGGAGAGCGGUGUCGCUGAUCGGCGGGGGGCGCGGAGCCAGCGACUCACUUUCAGGAGUUCAUCCGGCGGCGCGGCGCUCCAUCAUAGACCUGUCCUACUCCGCGCACUUCAUGGAUUUCGGGGGGUCCUCCAUACCCAGCAGCAUGAGCAAGCUGGUCGUCACCAAGCUCAGUCCUGAUUUCCGAGAGGCCGUGUGUGUGCAGAGCGUCGCGGUGCCGACCCCGGGAGACGCGGAGCUGCUCGUCAGGAAUCGUUUUGUGGGAAUCAAUGCCAGUGAUAUUAAUUACUCGGCGGGCCGUUACGACCCCUCGCUGAAGCCUCCUUUCGAUGCCGGUUUCGAGGGUAUCGGUGAGGUUGUCGGCCUCGGCCUUAGCGCCAGCUCCCGUUACACCAUUGGAGACAACGUGGCCUAUUUCCGCAGUGGUGCCUUUGCUGAGUACACGGUGGUACCUGCCAAGGAGUGCGUGCCCGUCCCUGCAGUGAAGCCAGAGUUCCUCACCCUGCUGGUCAGCGGUGCCACAGCCUACAUCGCUAUGAAACGUCUGGGCGACCUGGCCGAAGGUGAGACGGUCCUGGUCACCGCAGCUGCAGGAGGCACCGGGCAGUUUGCUGUGCAGUUUGCCAAACAGGCCGGUUGCCACGUGAUUGGGACCUGUUCGUCCAACGAGAAAGCCGGCUUUCUGAAGUCCCUCGGCUGUAACAGGCCGAUCAACUACACCACAGAAGACCUCGCCAAGACGCUUCGGAAAGAGUACCCAAAAGGUGUAAACGUGGUGUAUGAGUCAGUUGGAGGAAGUGUUUUAGAAGUCGCCGUGAACACUUUGGCCAACAAGGGUCGGCUCAUAGUGAUCGGCUUCAUCUCUGGGUACCAGACGCCAUCGGGUAUCCCACAGUUCAGAGGAGGAACACUGCCGGUCAAGCUGCUGCAGAAGUCGGCCAGCAUGCGGGGCUUCUUCCUGCCCCACUUCUACAGCGACUACAGGGAGGCUCUGAGUAGCAUGAUGCAGAUGUUUGCCAAUGGGAAGUUAGUGUGUGAAGUGGAUUAUGGGGAUCAGGCAGAGGGGGGGAGGUUUGUAGGCUUAGAGUCAGUCUUCCGGGCCAUGGACUACAUGUAUUCUGGGAAAAACCUGGGCAAAGUCGUGGUGGAAGUGGCACCGCCUGCUGUUAGUAAUAGCAAGCUGUGAUUUCCCAGAUUGUUAGUGCACCAAUGAAACCAUACUUGAUUACUGUGAUUUAUGACUUUAAUUAUUUUUAACACAGGUUAAUUAUUUUUGUAAGAUGAUUGAAAUGGCAUUUAAAAUAAAGCUACAUCCAACUU